ACCGCGAAAUCCUGCUUGGUAGCAGAGGCCUCGGCAUGAAUUACCCUUAACUGUGUGACAUGGCAACUGGAGGCACACCUCUCGAUGACAGUUCAGAAGAGCUACACAACUGGACUGUGACCAAUAGCAGUCUGGACGAUAGACUCAACAACAUGGACUGGGGUGUACAGCAGAAGAAAGCCAACCGUUCUUCAGAGAAGAACAAGAAAAAGCUGUCAGCUGCGGUGGUGGAGAGCCGCCUGACUAAUGAUAUUUCUCCCGAGUCCACCCCUGGGGCCGGUCGCAGGAGAGCACGCACUCCUCAUUCCUUCCCGCACAUCAAAUACAGCACCCAGAUGUCUGUCCCAGACCAAGCGGAGCUGGACAAGCUGCGUCAGAGGAUGAAUUUCACAGACAUGGAUGAGAGGAGCAUCGGCAGUGACUCCCAGGGGCGCGUCACGGCCGCCAACAACCAGCGCCAGUUCGCUGGGGACAACAAGAAGCCCUACAACUUCCUACCUCUGCAUGUUAACACUAACAAAAGCAAGGAGCUGCUGCUGCUCCCUCCCUCCUCCUCCGCCCCAGCCACCCCAGCCAUCACCAAGGAAACCAAGAAGCAGAGCCCAGGACUCAGGGAUACACUAACCCCUGUGUUUCCUGCCAAGGAAACUCCAAGGUUCAGCCAGGGUGAUGCCGAGAGACGGCCCUCGGUGCGCAGAGAGUAUGGGAGAGGAGAGCCGCAGGUAGACAGCAGCCAGGUGGUGAGCAAACUGAUACAGAUCCGGGAGUACAUCACCAAGGCCAGCUCCAUGCGGGACGACCUGGUGGAGAAGAACGAUGUGCCGGCCAACGUGGAGCGUCUCUCCCAUCUCAUCGACCACCUCAAGGAGCAGGAGAAGUCUUAUUUACGCUUCCUGCAGAAAAUGCUGGCGCGGGAGAACGAAGAGGAUGAUGUAGGGACCCUGGACUCUGCAGUGGGCUCGGGUUCACUGGCAGGGAGCUUUUCUCUUAACACUGAGGUUCGCUCUUCAGAUGCCUCAAAUGCAACGGGCGAUAGGCCAGACGUUGCGCAUGCUGACCAGAAGGAGGAGCUGGAGAAUCUGCGCAAGCAGCACGAGCUGCUGAAGAAGAUGCUGGAGCAGCAGGAGCAGCUCCGGGCCCUGCAGGGCCGCCAGGAGGCUCUGAUGGCCAUGCAGCAGAGCGCAGAGCAGGCACUCGCUGUGAUUGAAGACACCGUUGUCACAGAAACCACAGGCAGUGUUUCAGGCCUGAGCAUCACAUCAGAACUGAACGAUGAGCUCAACGAUUUGAUCCAGCGGUUCCACAACCAGCUACACGACUCUCAGACUAAAGCAGUGCCAGACAACCGUCGCCAGGCGGAGAGUCUUUCCCUCUCCAGGGAGGUUAGCUGGUCCAGGGGCCCCCAGGCUGUCGGCCCACCUCAACACAGGCCACUCCUCCACUCUGCCUCUGGCCCACACACUGGGCUGGACACUGGAGCGACAGCUGCCAGUGCCAAACUCACCAAGCUCCAAGAACUCCAAGACAAAAAGCAAACCAUGGACCAGAUCCUGCAGGAGCUGCAUUCACUCAGAGACCAGACUCUCAAUAAUAACUCAAGUCGUGGCCUGUCGACACAGUGCAGCCUGAGUAUGGGAGAUUGUCCAUCUGUUCUCUGCUCCAAUGGGGCAUCUGCUUCCACCCCCUUUCGUCCUUCACUCACACAACACCAGGGCACCUCCAACUCCACCGACAAGCUCAGGAAGCUAAAGGAGGUCCACAAGCGUCUGAAUGAGCUGCGAGAACUGGUUCAGUACUAUGAGCAGACAUCUGACAUGAUGGUGGAUGCGGUCAAUGAGAACGUGAAAGAAGAUGACGACGACGAGGAAGAGGAGGAGGAAGAAGAAACGGAGGACGGCUCCAUGUUUGAAGCAAUGUUUGACUCUGAGCAGGAGAACCGCCAGCCUGUAACUAAUAUCAGAAACCCACAGCGCAGUGGGAACUGGACAGACUUGAACAGCCUGACCAACAGGCGCAGCGUCAGGGGUAGUGGCAGUAAGAACCGGGAGGGCAGACUCAACACUGAGAUCAACAACCGGUCAGCAGCCAACAUCCGCAGCCUCACAAUCCCCUCAGCCAUAGAGUGCCAGUACAACAGGGACACACCUUACAAUCAGGCGAAGGACGAGGAUGAAGAAGAGGACUGUCUCGGUCACGACGCAGGGGCACAGGCCGCGGCUCCUGACAGCGAGGCAUCGGGGUCCAGUCAGAGGAGCAGCCUCAGGAACAACGGAGGAUUCUCCCAGAAAGCUCAUCGUCAGACGGCGAAGCAGAAACUGCGGCAGCUGCAGGAACUGGUGGCCAUGGUUCAGAGUGAUGACACGGAUGGUACCACAGCUAAUGAGGAUGAAGCUUUGCACCAGCAGCCAAACAACACCAGAGCCACUGCAGCGAGGCCACUUGGGGCUGGACCUCAACAGAAUUCCAGAGACCUCGUUCUCUCCAGCAAGACCAGGGAAAAGUUGUAUGAGGAAAAGCUGCUUCAGCAGAAACAGGAGUUGCAGCAGCUCCACGAGGAGCGGCAGAGACUCUUUGAAAUUCAAGGCAAGAUACAGGACCUCCAGUGGGCUUGCCCAGAUCUCCAGUCGUCUGUGUCGAGCACAGUGAGUCAGCAGGGUUUGCUGAAAAAGGUCCCAGUUGCAGUUUCCACUCCGGCCCCCGUCCAGGCUCCUUCGUCUUCUGGCCCAAAAACCAACUCGGUUGUCCUCAAACCCACUGCGCCGGAAGCAGCUACGUCUUCGGUCACCGACAAUGAGCAGCUUUGGUCAGAGAUGCGUCGCCACCAGAUCCUGCGGGAAGAACUGCGCCAACGCAGAAAACACUUGGAGUGCUUGAUGGCUGAACACCAGAGGCGUAGCGGUGUCGGCGAUUCUCCCCGCCAGACCGACGAACAGGACAGCCUCGCUACGCCCUCACAACCUGUCAGUAGGGAUGAAAGGACAAUGGCUACCUGGGGUUCCACUCCCUGCCACCUCGAUGGUGACGCUGACGAAGACGAUGAUGACGACGACGACGAGAACGAUGACGAAUAUCACACGGAGAUAGAUGCAGAGCAGGAAGAGGAGCAGGAGGAAUGUGCAGAGAGCACCUCUGAUGACGACAUCCACAUCUACUCUUCCAGCAGGAACCAGUGCUCCUUCAGUAACAGGAAUAAUCAAGGAAGUAACCUGAAGCCUCCACCAGGCUUCUCAGGUGACUGUAGUGGGAAUCUUCAUAACAAGACCAAGGCCAAGCAGCAGCAGCAGCAGCAGCAGCAGCAGUCGAGAAGUUUGAACCAGUCUGCGAGCCAACACGGAGGUACGCGACGGCAAGAAAACCUGCGCUGGGCUUCAGAGCUUUCCUUUGCUGAGGGCUCAAGCCAGGGCUGGCAGGAGCAGGUAAUCCAGCUGCAGACACAGCUGGAUUUCAGCACAAGCAUGUGUCAGACUCUCCUUCAGGACCAGCAGACCCUGUCAUACAUGUUGCAAACCCUGCUGACUGGUCAGUACAGUGUGUUGCCCAACAACAUGUCCUCACCACAGGUCCACCUGCUCAUGCACCAGCUCAACCAGUGUUACACCCAGCUGGCUUGGCAGCAGACCAAUGUACAAAGACUGAAGCAGGUCCUGAGCGACCUCCUUCGCCAGCAGCAGCAGCAGCAACAGCAGCAGCAGCAGCAGCAACAGCAACAGCAGCAGCCAUCCUCCUCUUUAACAGCAGGUUGGCAGACACAAAAGCAAAGCUCAUCCCAGGAAUCCCGCCCUGGUCCCUCAGCCUCUCCCGGCAUCUUCCGCCCCUUCUCCUCCAUCCUGCGUCCUUCAACCAACAACAUGGCAACGGCUGCUGUAUCCCCAUUCCCUCCCAGCUUGAACUUGUAUCCGCUGUUCCCUGCUGCCGCGGGGGAGUUCCCUCAGGGCGCAGCGGGUCCUUUGGCGUCGGACCACCAGAAGCAGCAGUUAGACCCCAACACUUCGAUCAAAACAGAGUACAUGAGUUUCCCUCCUCCGCUGCAGCGCUCCCCUCUAAACAAGACACCAGAAAGAGGAUCGGCCGGCUGGCUCAACACCUCCUACGCCAACAACAUUGUCAAGCCUCAUCCGUCGAAAACACGCCCACAGGAGUCGCCCCCCUCCUCUCCCAAUUUUGUGAACCGCCGCUCCAGGCCUCAAGACUUUGACCAGGCGUCACAGGAGAGCUUCACCACCAUGCCCGACCCCGUCGACCCAACCACCGUGACGAAGACCUUCAAGUCCGGGCGCAAGGCCUCAGCACAGGCCAACCUGGCCUCGCGGAGCAAGACUCCCAACUCCAAGAGUCGUCGCCGGAGGAGCAAAGGGCACAAAAAGGACAGCGAUGCGGUUUGCUCCUCAGACCGUGAGAGCGACAGCGUUAGCAGCACCGUGGACUUUGUCCAGCAGAGGGUCGGUCCGUCUCGGCAGAAAGAUCAGAAUCAGAGUCUCCUGGAUAAGCUGACACAAGAGAAGCUAGACAGCAAGACUAAGCUUGGCAGUAAAAGGAACGACCUCUCCUCUGCCUAUGCUUGGAGAACACCAUUCCUCUCUAACAGAAUUGCAUGCACAGAAGCACCAGACGCGAGCAGCGACUUCUCUCUGUUCGACGCGCUGAGGGAGACCAUUUACUCCGAGGUGGCGACCUUGAUAUCCCAGAACGAGUCCCGGCCUCACUUUCUCAUCGAGCUCUUUCACGAGCUGCAGCUGCUCAACUCGGACUACUUACGGCAGAGGGCACUCUAUUCCCUUGAGGACAUAGUGACCAGUCACCUGACAGAGAAGUGUGCAGCCGAGGACCAGCUGCCCCCUCUGGGCCCUGCGGCGUGGGCUGCAGGCUCGCACUCCGAGCUGACGCCCAGCGAGAGUCUGGCCACCAGUGAAGCAGAGGUGGUGGAGAAGAACGUGAACACACAGAACACCACGAAGAAGAGGCACGACGCAGAGUCGGUGGACAACGACAGCACCAUGUCGACCUCCUCCAACCUGGAACCGUUCGCUAACGACGACCUGGGCAACACGGUGAUUCAUUUAGACAAAGCUCUGGCCAGGAUUAGGGAGUAUGAGCGCAUGAAGCUAAAAGCUGAGUUUAACCUCUACAAUGCGGGCAACGCAGGCGCCGGCGACUGCCAAGUCUCUCACGCUCGACAUCCUUCUGCUAACCCUGCUGAAGGAGCGGCGGCCGGCGACAUGCGCUGUCCGCAGAUCGACACGCAGCAGUUGGAUCGUCAGAUCAAAGCCAUCAUGACCGAAGUCAUUCCCUUCCUGAAGGAGAACAUGGACGAGGUGUGCUCCGUGCAGCUGUUGACGUCUGUGCGACGCAUGGUCCUCACUCUCACGCAGCAGAAUGACGAGAGCAAGGAGUUUGUCCGCUUUUUCCACAGACAGCUGGGAGGCAUCCUGCAGGACUCUCUCUGUAAAUUCGUCGGCCGCACGCUGAAGGAGUGCGGCGAGGACCUUUUGGUGGAGAUUUCCGAGAUCCUCUUCAAUGAGCUGGCCUUCUUCAGGCUCAUGCAGGAUCUGGACAACAACGGCAGCAGCGUCGCCUCGGCAACCAGACAAAAAAACAAGAGGACCGAGCGAGCCAGUAACGAAAAGCACAAGCUCAAGGAAAACACAAUAGCUGGCGGUGAUAAAUCGGUUUCUCCGGCCUACUCGGAUGGAGAAAAGGACCGAGAUGAAGCUGAGCAGGAAGGUUAUUCUACGCUGCAGGAGCUUUACCUGCAGACGGAGAUGAAGAACAACAACAACAGGAGCAGCGAAGCCUCCGAGGUCGAAGAGGAAGAUGAGGAUGAAGAGGACGGACAGGAAAUGCUUCUGUCAAUCAGUCUUUCCAAAGCAGAGACUCAGGCCCUGACGAACUACGGCAGCGGGGAGGACGAGAACGACGAGGAGGAGAUCGAGGAGUUCGAGGCCGGACCUGUGGACGUCCAGACCUCGCUGCAGGCGUCUGCUGAUGGACAAGUGGAGCAGGAGGCGAUAACAGCCAGUGAAACCCAGGAGACCAAAACUGAACAGAGGAGUUCAGAGAACGAUGACGAAAUGAACAAGCCAGUUGGGACAGUGAAUUCCACAGUGGACGAAUCUGCCACAGCGGAGUACCCGACUCCUGAGGAGGUGGAGGAAGAGAGUGAAGUCGGGGCUGCCGCUGCUGCUGCUACAGAAGAAGACGCUGCUCUCUCUCCUGGUCAGGACGUCCAGAAGAAGCCCUCCACUACCAGCAGCCCCGACACGGACUCACCCGUCAUGAUCAACGUAGACGAGGUGGGGUCAGGUAACACAAGUCAGAAGUCUGACGAAGAAGACUUUGUGAAGGUGGACGACUUGCCACUGCAGCUGUCAGUAAUGUGCGAGGAGGAGCUUCAGAAGAGAAUAGUGGAGGAGCAGCAGAAUAACAACCUGUCCGUGGAGAUCCUCGGUGGGAACAGGGAGUCGCUGACUGGGCUGGUGGGAAGCGCCCAGGCACUGAAGGCACCAGACGCGGUCGGUGCCCAGAGUGAGUAAAGAAGUCACAGCUCGAAGUCUACAGUUUGUUUUAGCAACACUAUGCGUUCACGAUGAAUUUGUUCUGCUUUUAUGAUUGUUGAUUCUUAAUCUGCUGGUUUAAAAAAAUAAAAUAAAAUAUUGGUCACAUAUUAGCUGACAAACACACACACACACACACGCAACUAAAACUCUACACAUAAUCAACACUUAGUUCAUUUUAUUCCCGAAUGCUUAAUGUGAUUUCCUGGUUAUGUGAGAUUUGGGGGUUUGUUUCGAUGCUGCUGGUUUCUGACAGUUAAGCUUCUCGUCUGUAUCUUUAAAGUUCUGAAACUCGCGUUCAGAUCUGCCUUUAUCUCCUCCUUUGGUUCUGGGAUCAGUUUGACAUUGAGUUGUGAUUAUUUUUUUAUUAUUUGUCUUGGCCCCCUGCCGUACUGUACUGUAUGUCUUUUUUUCUGCACUUGAUCCCUAAUUAUAAAGAGAUUACAGAGCUCGGCUGUAGCGCGGCUGACUGCAGCUAAUUGUUCCUCCAGCUCGAAACGCGUGGUUCCUUUACAUCUGAGCUCGCGGCUCAGACUUUACUCUUUUAUCCCCUCGGACACAUCUUCCCAUUGUUCUGUUAAUGGUUAGUCUCCAGUGAUUUUCCAUGUAAUUAAUAUGUUGACUACAGCCAGAAGUUUUAAUUAAUAAAAUGCUGGAACCUUCAAAA